AUGGGAAUACAUGAUCUUGAAAAAGAGAUACACCGCAUCCUGCAAGACUCAUCGAAGAUACGAGGUUAUAAUGCUAAGUUGCGAAGUGAAUAUAUAAAACUCAAUGAUGAAAAUAGGCGGUUGAAGGUUGAAAACUCCAAACUAAUAUCCCAGAGUGUUUGUGCAGAAAUAUCUCUUGCCAAAUCUAAGGCCGAUAACUUUGCAAAAUCAGAGGAAGUGAAAUCGCUUCAGUCUGUGAUUAAUUUAUUGGCCCCAAGAUACUCUGACAACAAUCAAUCAGAUUCGCUUGUAGCUGGUAGCGAAAAAAUUGAUGAGCCAGAGGGGGUUAAUACUUCCAGUACAAUUAUUCCUAACGCAUUCCCAGAAGGACUAGAUAGUUCUAUACAAGAACAGAAAAAUAAUAGCAUGAAUUUGAAGACUGUUUUCCCAGAACCAAUCUUACCUGCUACUUCGACAAACAAGAUUUCAUUAGGUGGCGCAGAAGGGAUGGGGUCUCAAAGAGACCUGGCCAAGCCAUCAGCUAUAGAAUAUAUGGAAAAAAACUGA